AUGCAAGCAACUCGAGCGCUGUUAAAGCGCUCAGUGUGGAAAGGUACGCAUCGAAACCUCCCCAAAAUCGCCAAAAAAGUAAAUUCAAUUGCUGAUUACAACCGCACAGGACCACACCUUGUUCCGCUCCCAAUUGUAUUCCCCAAGAAACAAGGCGACAAAGUUCCCCCCGUGCGAACACAAGCUCGCUCGGCGACCAUCUUGCCCAACUUUGUCGGGCUCAAGUUUGAGAUUCACAAUGGCAAGGACUACCACCAGGUGACGAUAACAGAGGACAUGGUGGGACACAAGCUGGGCGAGUUUUCACCGUACGUUUGUGCCUCGCUUCGCUAA